UCUGUAUUCCUCCUCUUCAGAAAUGCGGCACACAGAUUGCUGGGUUGUUAUUGCGUUAUUCUGAUUCUGGGGUGAAUUAGCACUCUCGGCGUGUGGCUGUAAUACUGGGACACAGUACAGCAAGUGAUAGUGGUGCUGCACCUUCUUUCAUUCGAUAAAGGCAGGACAUUUCUCAGAGAAAGACGCAUUCGCUUGCAGCUUGUACUCAAGACAUGAAUGGAAUGUAAGCAGCCAGCAAUGGCACACAGAAAAAGGCAAGGGACAAGCAGCAGCAUGGUGGAGCCCAGGGGGAGGCCUUGCCCUGCCGCUUCUGCUGCUCUUGACAAGGAGGAGGAGUUGGAACAGGAAGACCUUCAGGCCCCGGAACAACAGUUCCACCAAGAGGUCUCUGACCUGAAGGACAGCCGGCCUCCCACCCCCGAGCCCACAGACCAGGAGUGCCGUGACCACAGCGGGGAUGAGGAUUCCAGCUCCGACUAUGUCAACAACACCUCUGAAGAGGAGGACUAUGACGAGGGCCUGCCUGAAGAGGAAGAGGGGGUCACUUAUUACAUAAGGUAUUGCCCCGAGGAUGACAGCUACCUGGAAGGAAUGGACUGCAAUGACGGGGAGUACAUAAAUCACGAGGACCAGCCAGUGGAGACUGAUGAUUGCCAGGAGGCCGUGGAAGAGUGGGCAGAAUCUGAGGGGCAGGGCCAGGUUCUCAGCGAGGAAGCAGAGGAACAGAUCUAUGAAGACCACCAGGGCCUGGGGGUCCGUGAACCUUCUAUGCAAGCUCCCCUUCCUGGAGAUGAAGACAAGGUGGCGGCGGAGGAGGAGGAAGAAGAAGAAGAAGAAGAAGAAGAAGAAGAAGAAGAAGAAGAAGAAGAAGAAGAUUACUGCCCCAAUGAAGGAAGUUACCCUCAGGACUAUUACGCCCCAGAGACCAAUGGAAAUUCGGUCUGUGUGUCUCCCUACCGAGCUCAGAAGGGUGGUGGGGAGGGGGAGGACCAGGAGGAGGACAUCGACCAGAUCGUGGCAGAGAUCAAAAUGAGCAUGAGCAUGGGGAGCAUAAGCAGUGACACUGACCAGAGCCCAGAGGAGCCUGGGAUUGAAACAGGCUCCAAGGACUUCAAGGAUGUUGCUCUCAAAGCAGAUCCUGUCCCAAACACAAGGAGCAGACAUGAAGGCAGGCCCAAGUCACUGAACAUUCCUCAAGCUUCGAGACACAGUGCAGAAAUACAGAGGGGGUUUAAAGUACGGGCCAGGACUCCAGAGGAAAGGCAGAAGUGGGCGCAAGAGCAGGUGUGUCACAAUCCAGAUCAGCCAAGGAAACAGCAGCGAUCGGACCUUAAUGGACCCGCUGAAAAUAACAAUAUCCCAGAGAAAACAAAGAAGACGGCUUCCUUCCCCAGCUUUGUAGAUGUUAACAGUAUAGUAGGUGAAUGGCUGGGCUUGGAUCUGAAACCAGGGCCUGCUGCUCCCCUGUCCUCAGCUAUGACCACCCGGCCACACAGCCUCCAUUUGAAAAUUCCAGGACCCUGUGAACCAGAGGACCUCAUUGAUGGAAUCAUUUUUGCUGCCAAUUACCUGGGCUCCACACAGCUGCUCUCGGAGCGCAACCCAUCCAAGAACAUCCGCAUGAUGCAGGCCCAGGAGGCUGUGAGCCGCGUGAAGAGUCUGACAGCCAUGUCUCCCUGUUUUAAUGCUGCACAGAGGGUACAGAAGGCAGCCAAAAUCAAGAAGGCAGCGACCCCGGAAGGCGAUGCUCAAACACUCACUGAGGUGGACCUGUUUAUCUCAACCCAGCGGAUCAAGGUGCUGAAUGCAGACUCGCAGGAGACCAUGAUGGACAAUACUCUGCGCACCAUCUCUUACAUCGCAGACAUCGGCAACAUCGUGGUUCUGAUGGCCAGACGCCGCAUGCCUCGCACUGCCUCUCAGGACUGCAUUGAGACCACCCCCGGCGCGCAGGAGAGCAAGAAGCAAUACAAGAUGAUCUGCCACGUCUUUGAGUCUGAGGACGCACAACUGAUAGCUCAGUCCAUUGGGCAGGCAUUCAGCGUAGCCUACCAAGAGUUCCUGAGAGCCAAUGGGAUCAACCCCGAGGACCUGAGCCAGAAAGAAUACAGCGACAUCAUUAACACACAGGAGAUGUAUAAUGAUGACCUUAUUCAUUUCUCAAACUCUGAGAACUGUAAAGAGCUGGAGCUGGAGAAGCAGAAGGGGGAGAUCUUGGGGGUGGUGAUUGUGGAGUCGGGCUGGGGCUCCAUACUGCCCACAGUAAUCCUGGCCAACAUGAUGAACGCAGGACCAGCCGCGCGGUCAGGCAAGCUCAGCAUCGGAGACCAGAUCAUGUCUAUUAACGGCACCAGUUUGGUUGGACUGCCGCUUGCCACUUGUCAGGGGAUAAUCAAGGGCUUGAAGAACCAGAUCCAGGUGAAGCUCAACAUUGUCAGCUGCCCUCCGGUCACCACUGUCCUCAUUAAGAGGCCAGACCUCAAGUACCAGCUGGGAUUCAGUGUGCAGAAUGGCAUUAUCUGCAGCCUGAUGAGAGGUGGAAUAGCUGAGCGAGGCGGGGUGCGUGUCGGGCACCGCAUCAUUGAGAUCAACGGGCAGAGCGUGGUGGCAACAGCGCAUGAGAAGAUAGUGCAGGCCUUGUCUAACUCUUUGGGGGAGAUCCACAUGAAGACCAUGCCAGCAGCCAUGUUCAGGCUCCUGACUGGGCAAGAGACUCCAAUAUACAUCUAGCAUGAAGAUACAUCGUCUAUAAGGGAAACCACAUCAAGCAGUGGCUCUGCGUACAUGGAAGAAAUUACGAUAAAUAAAGCGGAGGACUUAAAGUGCUAGAAGAACUCCAGAGGACUUGCGAGUCCUGAAUUAACAGAUUGACCACCCAUUGGUUUUUUUUUUUUGCCAAAAGGGACAUCUUUUCAUAGACACUAACACUUUACAAAUUUCCCAGUAUAAACAAAAAAGUGUCUCAUGAAAGGCUGGUGAAAUGGAUACUGUUAUUUAUUUGUACUGUUGUGUGUUCGAUGUGCAUCUGGUCACAUGAUGGAGGAGUUGAGUAUCUAGUAUGAGUGGAGUUUAAUUUUAUAUAUAGUAUAAAUGUUUUUCUUUUCAGCGGUAAGGGUAUUUAUAGAAAUGCUCUGUGUAGGAUGUAAAUAUUGAUUGAAUACCAGCAAGUACCAGUGUAAGAGUGUGAAAUCCUUGCUAAGAUUGGGGCAGGGAGGGUUUCAGAGCCUUCAGCUCUUCAAGCUCCUUCUGGAUUCUCUAGUAAGAAUUGACAGUCAUUUAAAAGUAGCAUUACUGCAUUGUAACACAUUGCCUUUGAAAAAACUAAAUGAUGGCGUUUAUAAAAAAAAAUAAUAAUACACUGUAUGGCAGCAAAGCUAAUAUGUGGCGGCGUGUGCCUUCGUUAGAAAUGGAUUGAAAGGAUGGUACAGUUUAAAUACCUGGUUUCUAAUUAUAGGCCAUUUGUAGGCCUGUGAAGAGGGUAUAAUGCUUCUAACAUGCCAUGUUAGAAGCAUUAACGUCCUCAUUUUGUUUGAACGGCUAAACUGCAGGUAACAAGACCCACACAAACGUGUGGGGUACAGCCUGCAGCAGGCAAUGACCAUUGCGGUGAAACGUCUAUUGUGUCUGUCUGUAGAAGAGAGGGCGAAAAUAUUACGCCAAUAAAGAGAAGACUGGGUUUCAGGAAGUUUAAAAAAUCAAUUUUUUAUUUUUUUUUUUUAAUUUUUUUAUUUAGGAUUUAGAACUGUGUUUUAUAAAAUAAGACAAGUAAACAACGGUUUACCUUUACCAAUUAUCUCCCCUAUACUUGCACCUUUUAUGAAGCAAAGUGCCCUUCAGUAAAAAUUUUAAACCAAAAAUUAAAAUAGCCUAAAACUAAAUUGAGCUUUUUAGUGUAAAAAUAAAUAGUUAUGAUUUUUUUUUUUUAAUUAUUAAUUACAGCUCUGUCUCCCAAUUUUAGCCCCCUUUAAUGACCAGAAUAUCAGUUUGAAUGUUGUUGUGAAUGUACAGUGUUUCAGGUGUAUUCAUAACCUUCAGCAGUAUUAGCAUAUGUGUAAAUAAUACAUACUGUGUUAGGUAUUGGACCCAUUAGGGGACUAAGUGUUAGUUGAUCUUAACAUUUGUUUGUCUUGGUGUUGGGCCACAGCCUUGGGGGGGGGAAUAAAAAAAAUACACUGUGACUGAAGAAGCCUUACUGUUCAGUGGCGCUUUCAAAUUUACUGUAGUAAUAAUAAUAAUAAUAAUAAUAAUAACAACCCAUUGCAUGCAGCUAAAGAUAGAACAAAGUCAACCUUGGGGGGAAUAAAAAUAAUAAAUCUUA